GAACAUAAACUUAGCAUGCUUAGGAUUAAUAUAUAGACCAAAAGCCUACAUUUUGACUAACUACACUAUGGUCGUCCCUCUAAAUCCACGUCAUUCGUGAAAGCCGUAAGGAAUAGUUUAUCUUAGGCCUCUGCCAUAUAUUGUGUACACGGUAUCCGGGUUCUCGCUACCUUCACUAUUCCACCAAUGCGUCUUUGUUCAUCAAAAUCAUUCGUCGGCCCAGUUGUUUCGCUCGGCAACAGACGAAGGUACAACUCUAGAGCCAGACACGUUCGCGUUCAGACUUCCGUAGCCCUGCGACUCCCCCUCUGGUUGCUCAGGCUCUGUCUCUUCCUCCUCAACGACAUCUCUUUCUCUGUCAAUCAGAAGUGGUCGACGACUUUCGCUCUGCUGGUUCCUUUCUCCAGAACGGUUAACGCCCCAGGCAUUGCGCCAGUUUCCGCUUUCUGGGACGACGAAAAGGCCCAUUAUCUAUACCUGUCAUUAGUGCUGAAUUAACACAAUACUAAGUCAUGGUGUACAUACUUGUAUCAGACCAACACCUACUACAACAGCAAAGUCUGCCAUUGCAUUGGUCUGUAACGCUCCCUGCCAUGGCUCACGACAGGCUGUUCGUCGUCCGUAAGUGGCAGCACAGGUACUCGGCGCUGUACCAGGAAAAGGGUACGCCCGGUCACGAACCGAAUUGA